AUGGCUCGGUGGGUGCCGGCCCUCGUGGCUUUGUUGCUCGUGUCAGUUGCCGCGCGCAAGUCAGCUCCCAAGACAGACCACGAGCCCCGAAUCGAGGAGGUCACCGCCAAGCAGCUCGAACGACUUCUAACCGACAAGGACUUCGUAGCCGUGUUCUGGUGUAAGUUGGCGGCUUGCCAGCCCCAUCCCGCGCCGCGAGUCCUCAGUCGCCGAUCCCCGCUUGACCCUCGGCGGUCGCCGGUCGCUUCGCUGAUAUUUUGGCGAGCGAGUUAUGCAACGGAGACAAUAAAACCCGACCCGACCGCGUCGUCACCUAAAAUGGCGGCGGGGCUCUCCACGGCUCGACCACCAAGGUCGCGGAGCGCCUACGCCCGCCCCGGCGAUACCAGUGUAUGCCGCAUGUUCCUCUGA